CACCAGAGGCAGAGGCAGAGGCACUAAAGCGCUUGAUUAACUCCCCGUGGAAGCGAGUGGAACAGGUGGACCGUGGACCGACGACCCCUCUUCCAGCUGUCAUGGCACACUUUUGCUGGUUCCUCAGAUUGGGCUUUCUGCUGCUGAUGCUGUCCGGUGGCUGCCGGACACGUCCCACGGGGCGGCAGAGUGAGCUCAUCGCCGGCAACGAGUUCCUCAAGCUGUUCCUGGACCACGACGAGCAGCAGCGCAGCCUCCACAGCAGCGAGCAGGAGUUCGAGGGGCGGGCGGAGACCCACCGCCAGCGCACAGCCAGCGGCAGGAGCCUGCAGCACAGGACACGCUUCAGGAACACGCUGCCCAGCAGCAAGGACCACGAGGCCAGGGAGGAGCGAGGAGAGGUCGUGCAGCUGGUGACCACCGGCAGCAAGAUCGUCUUCCUCGAGGACGAGCCCCGCCAACGCCCCAACCCCCGCGCCAGCAAGUCCAAGAGCAGCGAUGAGGUCAAGGUCGUGGCCGUCAGCGUGAGUUCAUCCAGCAAGAGAGGUCCCAGCCCUCGCUCCAGUCCCCGCUCCAGCACGAGUUCCUCCGUCUCCUCGACUGCCACUGGCAGCGGCUCCAGCUCCAGCUCCGGCUCCAGCUCCGACUUUGUGAAUCGAUCCCACAAGAGCGAGCUGUCCAUUGAGGAGGCAGAGCCCCGGCUCGCGCCCGAUGCCAUGGAGGGCGACAGCGACUCGCUGAACAGCGCCUCCAACAUACAGACGGUCUUGGCGGCACCAGCCGCAGCCGCCGCCGCCUCCUACCCGCUGGGCAGCAACCAAAGCGAGGUAGCCGUCACCCAUGAGGCAGUCGAGAGCGAGGACAAACUGCUGCCGUUCCAGACGGUGAUCUAUCACGACUCGAAGCAGGGUCGCGGCCCCCAGUCAAGAUCAAUAUCGUACAGCUCCAUAUCGCAGAACGUGGACGAUCUGCAGGCCUGGCAGCAGGCCACGCGCGGCGGCAUCCUGGCCGAGGCCCAGCGCAAUGUGAGCGAGAGCCUGAAACCCAUACCCAGGCCAGCACACGGCCACUCGGGCACGUCCUCGCAGCCGGCCAAGUUCUACUCGGUGCCCUCGAAGAUGUACAGUGUGCCGAGCAAGUUCUACUCGGAGCCAUCGAAGGUGUACUCCGAGCCAGCCAAGAUGUACGGCCAGCCGGAGAAGGUCUACUCGGAGCCCUCCAAGGUGUACGGGCAGCCCUCGAAGUUCUACUCGCAGCCGGCCAAGGUGUACGGGGAGCCCGCCAAGGUGUACGGCGAGCCAGCCAAGACCUACUGGCCCCAGGCAGUGACCAGCACCACUCCCGCCCCUCCUGCGGCAGGAUCGUCCACUUUGGGCACCAGUUCGAGUCCGCUGAAGACGCCUGCAACUAGCACGACUCCCAUGCCCAUAACUGUGCCGCCGGGGGCUGCCCCCAGCACCUUUGUGCCCUCACGUUCCCGGCCGCGACCGGCAAUUGUCUCGCGCAUCGCCUUCGGCGAGGCUCAGAUCACAAGCACCACAACGGCAGCACCACUGGCGAUGCCAGGCACCACCUCUGCCCCCUCGGGCACCACCGCCACCAAGCAGCCAGAGUCCAGCACGUCUGCCACCGUCAGACCAACCACUUGGCACCACCAUUAUCACAGUUACAACCAUCAGCAGCAUCAUCCAACUGCCUCGCCGCCGCGUCGAGUACUCUUCAAUUUGGAUAAAUUGCCUUAUGAUUUAUUGAAUGCACCGCAGCCACAGCAGCCACAGCAGCCCCACCAUCCAUUGGAUGCAAGUCCGAGCCACUUCCAACAGCCGCAGCCACAGCAGCGUCCAUGCUGGGAGCAACAGCAACAGCAACGUCAGCAUUCAUCACUGCCGCCGCAUCAACAUUCUAAUCAAAAUGCCAAAGGAUUGCCCAAUAGAGAUCUAGUCAAAUGUAUUUCCAAAUUUGCACACCAACAUGGAGCAGGGGCAUCGUCAUCAGCAUCAUCAGCAUCAUCAGCAUCAUUGGGCGCCCCAUCAGGGGCGGCUGGCUAUUCGUACAGCUCCAGCUCGACCAGCUCCUCUUCGUCUUCGUCGUCCUCCUCUUUGGGCAGGCCCCGCGACUCCAGCAUGCCGCAACAUCACCACUUCACCACCGAACGGUCCAUCGAGCAGCAGUACAGCCCGACCUCAGAGCAGAAUUACGAAAUUGAGGAGUCCGUAAGUGUUAUGACAAACGGACGAGCCCACGGACCACAGGGCCAGGGCGGUGGGGCAGCACAGUCGUCUCUGGCCGCAGUCACAUCUGCAGCAGCCACCGCCACACCAGCUGCUGCCACGACAACAACAGCAACAGCCACAGCCACAGCCAGCACCGGCAGUGGUCGCAGCAGAGGCAUAGACAGGGGACGUGGCUCGGUGGUGUACAACGCCGACGCAAAUGCCAACCACGAUUACAACGCUGGCCAAGACGAUGACGACGACGGCAACGGCAACGAAGGGGAGGUCUCUGACGAUGAUGGCGAAGAUGGAGCUGGGGAGCGCGGCCGAGAGGGGGGACCCGGCAACGAGAAGGAAGACAAAGUCGCCUAUGUGGUGGAGGGACGCAACUAUCGCAAGUACCGGGUGGAGGAGAAGACCGACGAUGGCUUCAUUGUCGGCGAGUACGGAGUGGUGGACCACAACGAUGGCAACCUGUGGGGCGUGCGCUAUACCGCCGACUCGACCAUUAACCGCAGCCUCAUCCAGAAGGCCCUGCUGGCAUUUCUCAAGCUCAAGUGAGAGUCCGCAGUCCAGCUGUCCACAGUCCUACUCUUGCCGAUUCGACAACAGCUGCCACAGGCAGGCAUUCCACAUGUGAUCCAAGUCGUAUUGUAGUUAGCGUAGAUUAGCCUAAAUAGAUAUACUAGAUAGAUAGAUAGAUAUAUAUAUACUCGAUUCCCACGAGAUCAGGAACACACUCGUAUUGCCCCCCCACACCCCACACCCCACACCCCACUCCACUCCACUGAGUGUGUGUUUCGUGUAGUCAGUAAACGAAUUUGUGUAAUUUGUAGUUAAUGUUUUAAUUAAUUUAUUGUAGUUGUUGGUAUUGUAAUUGUAACUGUAACUGUAACUGUAAACUUAACUCCUAAUUUAUUCAGCUAACCAGCCACGAAAUUACAGACCUAGCAACUUGCCAUACAACCGCGCACCUAGAACUAGAAGAGAGAGAACUAGAAGAGCCCUAAGCGCCAAUCGAAACUAUCCUAAUUAGACCCUAAGAUGGAGCCCCUUGAAUAGUGGAAUAAAACCUAGAAUACUGUACACCGAGCGAG